CUCACAACAACAGACCUUCCACCUCAUCACUUCUUUAAUCUUUUUCACAUUAACUUCUCAACACAUCACAAUUAAAAUUUAAUAAUUAAUUUAUUCGAAACUAUUCGUCAUCAGCAUAAUUAUGGAUAUUUUCUGUGUGUGUAUAGCAGAAUUUGAUUUACUCAAAGGAAACACACUUUCACAUGUGUAUCCACCCGAACGAAGAACUAUCCUAAACACUUUCACAUCUCAUUUGGGAGAUUAUUGUCUUCCGGAUGGUGCUCACUAUUUUGAAGAGGAUGCUACCUAUCUGGUAAUUCCUUCAAAUGUUGUGAGUUCUUCUCUGUAUAGUUAUUUGAAAUCGGGUGCUUCUUCUAACAAUGUUUCUAGUGUUUCGAAUAGUGAGAAUAGUUCAGUUGUUAAUAAUACACAACAAGUAAUGGAAUUUAUUGAACCCUAUGUGGAUAAACCAAUGUAUGCUCAUUGUUUAUUUAGAAAUAAGAAGGAUGAACGUGUCAAGAGAGGCGCCAUUCAAAAGUCAAUUAUUUUAUUUUCAUCAAAACCAUUAUUUACUGUUUAUGAGAAUUUAUUGAGAUUGGCAUUGAAUAGAAUUUUGGAUUUGGAUAAUAUUCACUUACAGGUUAAUGCUACAGCUACUAAGAAACAACCAGGUGAAGAAUUAAACGAAACGGAUUUAAAUCUUUUGAAUCAAGUUCAUGAUCAGAUUAAUGAUACUUUGAAAGAGUUUUAUAACGAGUGCAGAAAUUGUAACAUGUUACAAUUGAAAUUAUUCCCAAAUACUGAUACUAUUACUUUGAAUAUUCCACGUCAGAUUGAUCCAUUCACACCAAUUGCAUUUACACAUGGAACUUCUCUUGUACAAUUAGUUCAAUAUUUUGGAUUGGAAACAAUGCUUGUUUGUUGGAAUGCUCUAUUAUUGGAUAAGAGAAUUAUGGUAAUUGGUUCACCUGCCAAGUUGGUUUCACAGAUCUGUCUCACUCUUCCUCUCUUGAUUUAUCCAUUCCAAUAUAAUGUCAAUCGUGUACAUCCAUAUGUGCCACUCUCAGAGAUGGAUGAUGUGUUAUCUGCAACUUCUAAAAUUCCAGAAUAUAUCAUUGGUACGACGAAUGCUCUCUUUGAAACUCAAGGAAAAAAUCAGAGAACUCAAUGGUGGGAUGUUUGUUUGAGUGUCAAUUCUAGAAAAGUUCAACUUGCUGAAAAGAUGCCACCUCAUUUCGGUGGCUCUGAUUUGGCAUUCCUCAAUACAAAUGAUAGCGAAGACGUUCAAAUUGAAAAGCUCAAUGCCUAUCAGAAAGUAUUCAUGUUAAAUGUCAUUAGUGGAGUGAGAGAUGGAAAGAGUGAACAAUGGGUUCGUGAUCAGUUCAAAACUCACAAUCUCAAGUUUAUUACCGAAUUAUUGACAAAGGGAAAGCUUACUGAUAUAGUUGAGAAUGUUCCGUCUGAUGUAGGUGUCGAUCCACAAAAACAACAAGUGGCUUUGAAGAAUAUUUCAGGAGGUCAAUUGAAAAAGAUUCAAAGACAGUUCAUUGCUGAAUCCUCCAAGUUUAGAACCUAUGCUUUCAAACAAUAUUCAACAUUUAGAAGUUCACACUGUAGUGGAGAUAAGAGUGAUGACAAACAAUCGGAAUCUGUUCUCCAAUUAUUGCAAUAUUUACAGGUCGAUAGGAUUAUCAAGAAGCAAAAGCUUAAAUACUUGUUUGAUUUGGAUAAGAUGUUGUGUAAUGUUGAUCAAAUUGACUUGUUAUUGUCAGUUAGUGAUAAUUCAAGUAUUUUUACAACUAUUAAGAAUAACAAGUGGUUAAUUGAUGAUAAUAAUCAGUGGAGAAAGUACAGUGCCAGUAUUUUAUCCCAAUUGGCAAUUAGUGUUAAAGGUCAAAUUCAAUUAUUGUCUCUUCUUCCAUCUAUCAAACUCUUGACCGAAGAUUCAAUGCCAAAUUUGGAAAGUUUCAAACUUUCUUCAUGCACAAGGGUAAUAUCGAACAAGUCUGGUUGUGAGCACAUUCAAAAUGGUCAAUGGAAAGAUUUUUUAAAGUACAUGGUUAUGGCAUUAUCCAAAAAGGGAACAUUGAUGGUCAAUUAA